GGAUCGGCAUACUGUUUAACGGUCUUCGCAGUAUGCAGUAACAGUAUUAUCUAUUCCCGCUGUGGUUGCCUGGUUGGUACAUUGUAUUCUUGCCCUGCAUUUGAAAAACCUUUAUCAUUCGGUAAUAGUACCGUUGGUAAUGACACUGACAACAGUUUCUGAUUGUACGUAUAGCAAUAAUUGACCGGCAAAACCGCGUUAUCUGUAUUCGGAGUGGGUGCCUGGAUAGCGCUGCUGUCCAAUAACCCCGCCAAAAAUGGGGAAGAGAGUCUUUUUCGGACUGCUCCUUGCAUUAGUCAGUAUCAAUUUCGCAGUCGGCGAAGACAUAAACUCCGUUCUUCUGGCGCCGGGAGUGCGAAUCCAAGGAGAAAAAGAAGUUUCGUCCCGAAAUCCAGAAAAGUAUGGAUAUGCUUAUUACGGAAUCCGAUACGGAACUGCCAGCCGAUUCGAGCAUUCCACGGAGAAUACGGAUUUCGCCUACUUUCAAAAUCCGACUCGCUUAAAACUCGGACCGGUAUGUCCCCAAGCACCCUUCUUUGAAAUCGGUGUGGAGGCGAGUCCCCGGGUGCUAUCAAUGGAGGAAGACUGUUUGUAUCUGGAUGUUAUCGUUCCCCGUGUUCACGAUGCACCUAAGCGGGGACUUCCGGUGAUGGUGUUCAUUUAUGGCGGCGCAUUGCAAAUGGGAGAUAAAGACAUGUACAACGGCACAUUUCUGGCACUUGAGACGGAAGCGAUUUACGUGGCGGUGAACUACCGAGUUUCUGCGUUCGGAUUUUUAAGUACUGGUGACGACAAGCUGCCAGGCAAUUAUGGACUGGGCGACUGCAAAACGGCCUUGGAAUGGGUGGUCAAGCAUAUUGGAAAGUUCAACGGAGAUGCCGCUCGCAUCACCGUUUUUGGGGAAAGCGCUGGGGCCAUUCUGACGUCAGCAUUAUACAUGGACCCGGAAAGCCGCAGAUACAUUCGGGCCGCCAUCGCGCUGAGCGGUAGUUCACUAAUGGAUAUAGCCACUAAACAAGAUCCGCGCCCGUUGGCCGAGGAAUUAGCCGAGAAGGUCAACUGUUCCAAGGAGUGUCCCUACGCCAUGGUGCAGUGUUUGAAAACGAUCCCACAAUCGGUGUUGCUCAAUGCGGCUCGAAAAAUGGAACACGGCAAUCCGGAUCUAUUUCCGUACGGAUUUGUAGUGGAUAACGUCCAUAUUAAGAAGCUCCCAAGACUGGAAUUACAGGAAGUGAAACUGGAUUCUAGGAAGUCCACGUUUAUUACUGGUUACUUACGGGAAGAUAUGUCUCUGCUGCUAGUCAACACCAAUCCGCAGAUUUUCGACCAAGCUGUGCCAGUCACUUAUGCGGGUAUAAGAGAAAUGGUCGCAAAGCAGUAUCUUCCGACAAAUGACCGCUGCAAAACGCCUCAGUACGAUCUCGCGGAACGCGUAAUGAAGUAUUACAAUAUCAGUGACAUUGAUGACCGAGGAUCCAUGACACUGAAGUUUAUUCAUCUGGCUUCCGAUUCGUUGUUUGGAUAUCCCGCUCUAAAGGAAUCGUUUGCUUAUGCCAAACAAGCUCAAGCUGACGGAUUCGGAAACCAGUUUUAUUUGAUCUCUUACGAUCAGCAACUUCCGGGUUUCGGAGCAUUCCACGCCAUGGAACUGGGAUACAUUUUUGGGGACCCACUCAAUAAGAUACUCUUCAACCUUAGCUUGAACGACACAGUCCAAGCUAGCCUUCUCAGUAUGAUGCGGGAGAUAGUGCAUAAUGGAAAAAUGGACGGUCCGGAUUUCGGCCGAGAAGGAAGCCACAUGGAGCUAACGCAAACCGGCCACUGGGAGAAGGGCAGCACCGACUUCAAAGCACGAUUUGAAUUCUGGGAGGAUGUUGUCAACACUCCGUGUUCUGAAAUCGAAAGCGGAUCAGCAAACAAACGUAGUGAAGAGCUGUGAUAAAACAUUUGACGAGUCUAAUAGCUUUAUUCAUCACCACUGGUGUAUAUUUGUCUAAAAGUUUCUUCCAUCGAGAAAAUGCAAUAAUGGCUUUUUUCAGUCUUAUGUCAGUUUUAUUGUUCAGACAAAAAAAACUGCAGGAUUAAUUCAGUUUUAUUGUGCGAAAUGCACAUUUUCAAAAGUGUUAUACAAACCAUAUUGGCACCAGUGAUCAGCUUUGUAAUCCCAAGUACCUAUGAGCGGGAAGAAUUUGAGAAGCAUCAAAUCAAGAUUAUCUGGAAUCCCUUACA